AAUGGGUGGAAGGUGCAAAACAAGGCAUUGUCGUGGCUGGUGGUCAAGGACAAGGAAAUGGUCUUACACAAUUGUCAUAUCCUCGAGGAGUCGUUGUCGAUCAAUUGGGCACUGUCUAUGUGGCUGAUGACGGGAAUCAUCGAAUAAUGCGUUGGCCCAAAGGAGCCACACAGGGAAGUGUCAUUGUUGGUGGAAACGGUAGAGGAGGACAAUUGAACCAACUCUAUUGGCCCUUCGGUUUGUCAUUCGAUCGACACGGUAAUCUCUAUGUCGUCGAUUGUGGAAAUCAUCGAGUACAAAAAUUCAAUAUUGAUUCAAAUGCACGCACAGACCAAUAAUGGUAUUCCUUGGAAUCGUGAGAAAGGCAUAACAAGGGAUGAGGGCGGAGACCUGGCUGACUUCCACGAAAACGGAAUCCUUGAGAUUCAUAGAAGAGACGGUGCCCGCAAGAUGUCCCAACGUUGCCGUAACCGAGAACCCCUCAAAUCCAAGAAUUUCAGACACCCAUUGCCAAUGAAUUUCUAUAUAUAAGAAACAAUAAAUGAUACACAAGGAAUCCUUGAGAUUAGCGCAAGAGAUAAUGAUGUUCCAACGUUGCCGCUAACUGAAAAGCUUUAAAAUCCGAGGAUUCCAGGGUUUCCAGAAAACCAUUCCAAAUGAAGUUGCAUAUAUAAGAAAGAAAAUAUCAUAAGCAUGGAAUCCUUGGGAUUCGUUGAGAUUAGCGCAAGAGGCGACGCCUCGAUGAUGCCAGAAUGUUCCCGGUAACCGAGAAGCCUUCAAAUCGUAGGAUUCCAAGUAUUCGAGAAAACGGUUCCCAAUCACUUUCCAGAUAUAAGAAAGACUAAAUGAUACACAAGGAAUCCUUGGGAUACCUUCUGAAUCCCCUAGAUUCCAGAGAGGUCAAAACAUUGAGUUUAUACCUAAUCUAGAGAAGCUGGAAGGAUGAGAAGAGCUACACACUCAUAUAUAUCUAUAGGUGGAUUGAGGGAUGUAAAUGUGACCUUGAUAUGUAGAUACAGAUAUCAGUACACAUAAUCAGCCUUUCUGGGCCUUUCUAGGC